UCCCCUUCUCGGUGCGUUACAGUGGUCGCGCUGUUAUCCUCUCUGUUCCCACAUAAACCCGUUGUACUGUCAACUGAUUCAGUGUUCGGGCACCAGCUGCUCUGGCAACAGGUCCGACGUCGAAGCGAACGAAUCCCGCUCCAGAACAAGUGCGAACACGUGUGUGUCGCGAUCAUCAUAAGACCACGGCAAUCGACUUCAAACAUUUCAGUGACUAACAUUCAAAGUACUUUAACAGUUUCAUGAAAUUGUGAAGAUUUUUUCAAAAUCAAUCCUUUUCAAAAAUAGUACUGAAAAACGUUACCGAUUCAUUAUGGUGUUAGUAUUGAACGGUGUAUUACAAGAGGAGUGUCCUGUAGACACGAGAAGCCUCUACAUUCAACAGCCGAUAUACAGGGACACAGCAGCCCAAUUAUUAGCUAUCCCUAAUAAGGUCAUCGGCCCUGUCGGACUUCUCUACGUCCUCCAGAGGGAAAUGGCUGCGACAGUACCACAUGACAAGCAUGUCAAUAUACUUGGAUCAGGAGAUGCCACCACAUGCAUUAUCGUUGUAGUUAGACAUUCUGGUUCUGGAGCUGUAGCAUUAGCACAUUUAGACGGAUCAGGUACUGAUGAAGCAGUUUGUAAUAUGAUCCAACGAGUGCAAGAUCUUGCAAUUGGAUAUCCUGAAGGAAGAAUUGAACUACAAUUAGUAGGAGGAUUUACAGAUGUUCAUCACUAUUCCGAAGAACUUUUUUAUAACAUAAUGACAUGUUUCCACAAACAUCCAGUUGAAAUAGACUUAACGCUCGCUUGUAUUGGUGAAUUAAACACAACGCUUCGCGGUGGAAUUCCUUGGCCAAUUAUCUAUGGAGUUGGUGUUAAUGUUAGGACGGGCGAAAUUUUCCCAGCUACGUUUCCGGAUAAAGGCCCAGACCAGCCAUUAAGAUGCGCACGAUUCUUAACAGGCGUUUCACAGGUACUCGAUAUUUACGAUUCCAAUGUAGGUUUAUUAAAAAUCGGUCCGUUUAAUUACGAGCCACUUCGCGGUGUUGAUUUAUGGUUAUCACAAAGUGAUGAGUUUAUAUUGCAGCAUUUAUCAACAUCUCCAGAAGUAGAACCACCUAAUUUCGUUAUUCAGAUCCGAGCAACGUUAAAAUACAUUCAAGACAACCAAUUUCCAGCAAUUACAGUUUUUAGAGAUAACAGGCCACAUUAUUUUAGGAGGGAUGAACAAUCUGGGACGUGGCAACCCGUACGAUUCUAAAUAAAUAAACAAAAACAUCUACUCCUAUAAAUAUUUUUACAAAUGUAUCCCUAUUAAAAAAGAAUAUACUAUACUCAAAUAGAAGAGGCAAAAAUUGUAAAUAAUCAGUAAUCUAUCGAUUACUUUGCUAUUAUAAUCUUGUUACUGUAAAACUGAAGAUGUAAAAAAUGUAGUUUAAAAAUUGUUUUUUUAACAAUAACAAAAUCAAAUCUUUAUUAUACGAUUUUCGAUCGACUUGUUAUUUGAUCUAAAUCGUUUAUUAACGCUAAAUAUUUUCGAUCUGUUACUGCCAGUAAAGACAGUGAAUAACUAAAAAGAAGUUAGUGAAUAGAAAAUAUUAUGUGUGUUGAAACUAGAAAAAACAUGAAUGGAUGAAGGGUAGAUUGAAGAAUAUGAAUCCGAAAGUCAAUGAAUGGAAAGAAAAAUAAUGAAAGAAGACGACUCGAAGAUGAAUUUUCUUUUAAUUCUAUUAUUAUUUUGUAACAUGUUAAAUCAGACUUGUUAUUUUUAGUCGAUAUAUAUUUGUUAAUUGGGUUGUUGAUAAUAAAUAAACUGUCAUUGCUUUGAUAAAAGAAA